AUGGAGGGCUUUGUCCAAGUUCCUUACGGUUUCCACCAAGGCUAUGGGAGCACACUGCCUUUGAGCCACCCUGGCCUCUGGAGACACUGUAAACAGCAAGACUGGAGGCAAAACAUGGGUCCUCCUGUUUUCCUAGCCAGGCCAGGGCCUACCGUACCAGCAAGUGCCUCUGAGUCCUGCGUGUACCCUUACAAGAGGGCUCAGCUUCAGGCCAUUCUCACCCAGAUGAACCCCAACCUGAGUCUACGGCUAUGCAAGGCCAACACUAAGGACGUGGCUGUACAGGUGAGCCUUCGGGUGGACAAGUCGGUGCAGUGCUCACUGGGGCCUCAGACCCUCUACAGCAGCUCCCUCUGGGACAGAACCAGCCUCAGGAAGCCCGCAGAAGCUUACUGGAGGAGAGCCUUGAUCCAGCUGCCCAAGGAUGAGGAACACAGAGAAAGCCAAGAGCUUGCGGGAUGUGCAGAGGCCAGUCCACAUACACCGAAGCCAGAUGGUGACAAGCAGGAGAACCUCCCGCAGCUGAAGGAAGUCGGGGAGGAAGAUGCCCCCAGCCCCAGGAAAAGCAAGCUGGUAUGUGGAAAGUCCCAGGCCACCUGGGAAGCCCAGCUUCCAGCAGGGCGAGGCUUCUCUCCACUUAAGACUCCCGUUUCUCUUUAUUUUCAGUUUUUGGAACCAAAGUACGGCUAUUUCCACUGUAAAGACUGUAAGACCAGAUGGGAGAGUGCUUAUGUGUGGUGCAUCUCUGGGACCAAUAAAGUUUAUUUCAAACAACUUUGUUGCAAGUGCCAAAAGAAAUUUAAUCCUUACCGAGUGGAAGCAAUCCAGUGUCAGACCUGCUCAAAAUCCUGUUGUUCCUGUCCUCAGAGGAAAAGACACAUUGAUAUCAGGAGGCCACAUCGCCAGGAGCUUUGCGGCCGCUGCAAAGACAAGAGAUUCUCCUGUAGCAAUGUUUACAUCCUGUGACAGCAGCUGUGGCGUCUGGUUUAUAGACUUGGCAGUGGUGUGGGCCUCUGCGCAAGUCGGCUCCGACUGGACAAUGGAGAACGGUGUAAGCUUUGUU